GGGGGUGGAGGAAGAGGGAGGAGUAGAGAGAGAGGGGAGAGGAGAGAGAGGAGGAGGGACUAGGGAGAGCUACUUUGGCCUCACUGUGCCGGGCAGUCGCUAACCUAUGUGAGACUGAGCCCUGAAGUGUGUGUUGUGUUGUUGUUGUUGUGUUGCCUCGCUGGGACUUGAGAUUGACAGAAAUGGAUUUUCUCCUGGAUUCUGGCUAACAUUUGAUGGAUUCUACGCUCUCCUCUGCCCUGAAGCCAAACCCGACAGGAACUACCACACCAUCCCGGAUCUGAGAACAGGAGGGGGACACACACCCCACGGAGCCUGGAGCCCAUUGCCAUGGCGAUGACGGCCCUGUUCAGGGGCAAGUGGGGACAAAAGUCGCAGGAGCCACCUGAGAAGCAGCCCGCAGCAUUGGUGCACUCCACCAACCACGAGGAAGAAGAGGAGGAUGACAGGGUCAUCGCCCCCAUCCGCAGGAACUCCCGCUUCUACCGUUCCAUGAGGAAGAAGAGGCUGGCCUCGUCAGAACAACUUGAAAGCCCUGCAGUCUCUCUGAGGCCUGGUCCAGAGCCCAGCCCAGGCAGCAGGUCAAGCAGCAGCUCCCUCUGUGUCCCUGAUCUCCAGAAACCUUUGCAAUCUCCCCGGGCACAGCGUACGCCAACCUCUCCACGCCAACUCCAUUCCGGAACUGCGUUGCCGAGCAACGGGGAGCUCAGGAGCCCACACACACUUACUAGCACGGCCUCUUCCCCUCUUUGGACUAGGAGAGGAGGAGGAGGAGGAGGGAGGAAGGGUGCAGAUGCUUCUCCAGCUAGUGGUCAGUGUGGAGGGGGCUCCACUUCCUCCUCCUCUGUUUCUAGCGCUCGGUUGUACCGGACGCACGGCAUGCACACACACACUGAAGACAUGGAGAGCCUCUCAGAACGCACUGCAACCGCCUGCUCCGUACGGGAGCCCGGAGGGGGGACACAGUCACCGCAACCAGCGGAGGAGGAAGUCAAUGAAGAGGGCGUCAAACUCAGGUUGGUGAGCAACAGGGAAAGAGCGAGCUCAACACCAUUGAAAGUAGAACCCAUCUGCUACAGUCUCAACAUUGUCAAGAACGUUGCCUUCCUGUACCAGGAGUACCGGGACACAUCCAAGCAGCAGGAAAUCGAGCAGCGACGGCAGCAGGAUGGGUUGACCUCGGGGGUCAGCGCGGGGUUAGGGGUGACGUCCCCACCGGCCCUGCAGCUGCAGCUGAGGAACAACUCUCGCUCUCUGAGUCUGUGGCAGAACCUGGAUGUCGUGCAGCAGAGCGGCCUGCUCACCCAGCUACCGCAGAGAGAGGUCAUCAUACAAGAGGCCAUGUUUGAGCUGGUGACCUCAGAGGCAUCCUACUACAAGAGCCUGGAGGUGCUGGAGACCCACUUCCUGAAGAACCCUGUGCUGGUCAACACACUCAGCCAAUCAGACAUGCACUUCCUGUUCUCCAACAUUGAGGAGGUGAUGAAGGCCAGUGAAAGGUUCCUGAUGGACCUGGAGAACCGCAUCGAACAGUCCCUCCAGAUCUCAGACGUGUGUGACAUCGUCCACAACCACGCCGUCAAGCACUUCCACGUCUUUAUCACCUACGUCAUCAACCAGGUGUAUCAGGAGAAGAACUACCGACGCAUUCUACAGGGAAACCAGUCAUUCCGUGAGGCCAUGGCUCGGCUGGAGAACCAGCCGCAUGUCCGAGGCCUCUCCUUCACCUCCUUCCUCAUCCUCCCCUUCCAGAGGAUCACACGACUCAAAAUGCUGGUCCAGAACAUUCUGAAGAGGGCAGAGGAGAAUUCAGAUAUGGAGGCCAAUGCCAUCAAGGCUCACCAUCAGCUGGAGCAGAUUGUGAAGGAGUGCAACGAGGGUGUGAGGAAGAUGAGUCGUACAGAGGAACUCAUCAGCAUUGAGAAAACACUGGAGUUCAAGUCUAAGUCGGUGCCGGUGAUCUCCCACUCCCGCUGGCUGCUGAAGAAGGGUGAGGUGCAGCAGAUGGCCGGGCCAAAGAGCACUAGGACCAUGCGGAGUAAGAAGCUCCACCACCCUGUCUACCUGUUCCUCUUCAACAACCUGCUGCUCAUCACCAAGCGCAGCUCCAGUGGUGAGAAGUUCCAGGUGCUGGACUCGUGCACGCGGGCCAUGCUGAGGACUGAGGACAUGGAAGACCAGGGUCAGAUGCUGGCUAAUGUGUUCAACCUGAAACUUCUGGAGAACCAGGAGGAGAGGCAUGUCAGCUACAUGCUCAAGACCUCCAGCAUGAGUGACAAGCUGCGCUGGAUAUGUGCUCUCACGCCAAACCGCCGCACUCGAUUCAUGUCCACCAGCGCCCACCAACCAGCCUCUCCUCAGGUCCAGUGUAUUCAGUCGUAUUCGUCUCAGGAGCCAGAUGAGCUGUCCAUUGAGAUGGCUGACGUGUUGAACAUCCUGGAGAGGACAGAUGAUGGCUGGAUGAUGGGUGAGAGGCUCCAUGAUGGAGAGAAGGGCUGGUUCCCUUGUCGGGUAGUAGAGGAGAUCAAGAACCAGGAAGUGCGGGCCCAGAACCUCAGGGAGUGCCAGAGGAUCCACCUGGCCCAGGAAGGGGGCGCUUCCUCAGGGUCCAGGCUGGGCUCCAGGGGUGGCAGACGCACCCCCAAAACCCCCAAAGUCUCAAAUUUCUUCGGUACCUGGACUGACCAGUCAGAGGAGGAACAGUGAAGCACAUGAUAUUCCACAUUGAAAGUGAUUGGUUGGAACCCCCUGGCAUCAAUUUUUACUGGACCACAUGGAUCAAAUGACAGAGAUCAUGUGAUUUGAGCAUGGGAUUGCAUUGGAAGAAAGUGACAUCAUGCAAUGACAUUAUUUCCUAUUAACUGUUUCCCUUUCUCAAGUGGUUUUGGUGUGCCAGGGUUUAGGGUCCCAGGCUCUAUGGUUUAGGGUCCCAGGCCCCAGGGUCCCAGGCUUCAGGGUUUAGGGUCCCAGGCUCCAAUGUUUAGGGUCCCAGGCUCCAGGGUUUAGGGUCCCAAACCCCAGGGUCCCAGGCCCCAGGGUGUAGGGUCCCAGGCUCCCCUGAUGGGUCCUACGAUCAGAGCACUUCUUCCAUAACUCCAACACACUGCAUGUCUUACAGUACUUCCAGUGGAAUGAUUCAGCACUACCAGUCUAACUAAAACAAGGCUCCAGUGGAACAGGAGCUAUGCAUGUGAUGGGAGAAGAUGACAACCACAGAAACAGUUCUCAAGGGGAUGGUAACAUGUGAAUAUAUCGUAACCUUGCCUCAACUGCAUGGGCCAAUUAUUUUCGAAAAAAAAAAUGUUGCGCUUCUGUGCUAGAGAUUUAAUUACCCCAGAACAACGGCUUGACGAUCCACCCUUUUGUAAAGAGCAACUCCUCUAUUGAAACCAUACAAGAAGAACGUUUUAAAAUCCACCCACUAGCACUGAAUGGAAAUGAACCGUGAAUGUUUCAUGAUUCUGUACAGUAAAUAGAACAAUCACAUGACAGAGUGCUCAGUAUUGGGCAGGAAGUCAUUGACUGGAGAAGACGAGCCCUACAGAAUCACAGGCCUUGCUUAAUCAGUGGACGUGUUCUUGGGGUCAGUUCCCUUGCCAAUACUGAUAUGCCACUUACACAUGCACACUGAGAAACGAGAGCACACACACUUGGGGAAAUCCUGCACAACUUCUCCAACUUGAAAAACCCUCCACAGACACCUGGUCCUGAAGCAUCUGCACAGAAUGUGCCAACACACCGACAGCACUGGAAUGGCAUGCAAGUGACAAAACAUGUGGGCGUAUGAUGAGUAUGUGUACGUGUGCAUACUGUAUGCCUUGAAUGUUCAAUAUACAAUUAAUAAUUACUGAAACAUUGUGUAAUUUAAUUAUGUAAGAAGUAAUUUAUUGUUAAUAAAAUCUAAAUCUGAAAUUCAAA